UCACACAGCGACGAGGUCACAUGUACAAGCUGCUGGUGUGUCUGAGUCCGUUCCUUUGGGGGGGCUUCGUGUCUAUCAGCCGCACGCGCGACUACUACCACGACUUCGAUGACAUCGCCGUGGGUGCGAUCAUAGGCACUGUCAUUGCGUCUCUAUGUUACUUUCUCAAUUACCCUGGGUUGUCAUCGCGCAAGAGUGAGAGUCCCGUGAAUAGAGCGGAUGGUAUAAACUCGUUCAGUAGGUGUAGGGGAGAUGAUGUUGAACGCGCGUACGAGACUAUAGGGUCUCAUGAUGCUGACGAUGUCUAACUUGUCUGCGUGCAGGAUGCAUACACAUAGCUGUAAGGUUUACACGCGUGUGUAUGCAUCUACUUAGUCUAGAUGCCGAAUACGAUGGAUACAUCUGUGUAUUGGUAUGCAUGUAUGUAUCUUCGUGUGCACAGAAAAAUAAGUACACCAAAUCCAUGUACAGAACAAGUCACGCAUAUGCACAUCAGGAUGUGUGUGCCAGGUUCUGAAAAUGCCAAAAUCGAAUUAGGAUUUUUUUUUUGCAACGGGGAUAUCUGGUCCGAAUUAUGCGACGGCACAUUGGCAAUAGUGUAGAAGCUUAAGGCGCCAGCGGAAUGCGAAAGUGUAAAAACUAUCUUGUGAUAAAUAGACCCAGGAUUAACUGUGGCUGGUUUACGGCUAUGUAACACCCGGGAUAGAAUGCUGAUGAUUCGUUUAGUUUAGUGCUAGUUGUGGAAUAGAAAUUUGGACACAAAUUUGGAAUGGGAUUAAGAACACGUAUGUAGGUGGCAGGGCUUCUAGCUGUUCCCCUGCGCGAAGAAUUUGGAACUAAUUCAAGCGCAAAAUGUGGUGUAGAGAUGAGGAGUCCAGCUUGUAUUGGAAUAAAGACUCCAUGGGCA